AUGGAGACUGAAAAUGAUACAUCAGUGAAAGAAUUCAUUAUUUUGGGAUUAACAGAUAGUCCCACAAUACGUACCUUCCUAUUUGUGUUUUUCCUACCAGUUUAUUUAGUGACGGUGGUGGGAAACAUCAGUAUAAUCCUCUUAAUUCGAAGCAGCCCACAGCUUCACACACCCAUGUACCUCUUCCUCAGUCAUCUAGCCUUUGUGGACAUCGGGUACUCCACAUCAGUCACACCAGUCAUGCUCAUCAGUUUCUUAAGAGAAAAAACCAGCAUCCCUCUCACUGGCUGUGUAUCCCAGCUUGCCUCUGAUGUUGCAUUUGGGACUACAGAGUGCUUCCUGCUGGCUACCAUGGCCUAUGACCGCUAUGUGGCCAUCUGCUCACCCCUGCUCUACUCCACCCAGAUGUCCCCUACAAUCUGCUUCUUCCUACUUGGGGCUUCCUACUUGGGAGGAUGCAUGAAUGCCUCAUCGUUCACUGGGUGUUUUGUGAACCUAUCCUUCUGUGGCCCAAAUAAAAUCAACCAUUUUUUCUGUGACCUCUUCCCACUCGUGAAACUUUCUUGUGGUCAUGCUUAUAUUGCUGAAAUAUCUCCGUCCAUCUCUUCUGCAUCCGUCCUUGUAAGCACGCUCUCUACCAUCAUUGUGUCCUAUGCGUACAUCCUCCACUCAAUCAUGAAGAUGCGCUCUACUGAGGGAAGGAAUAAGGCCUUCUCUACCUGCACGUCCCACCUCACUGCAGUCACUUUGUUUUAUGGGACGGUCUUGUUUGUAUAUGUGAUGCCCAAGUCUAGCUAUUCAGCUGAUCAGGUCAAAGUGGCCUCUGUCAUCUAUACAGUGGUGAUCCCCAUGCUGAACCCUCUCAUCUACAGUCUGAGGAACAAGGAGGUGAAAGAAGCUAUGAAAAAAUUAAUGGCCAGAACACAUUGGUUCCCCUGA